AUGGUGUCUCUUGCUGAGCUCAGUGGGAAGCUUGGCCAAUUUAUUGGCCAAAGUGACGCUGUUACUAAAGCAAUUAAUAAUGGUAUUACAGCUAUUAUUGACAGUGAUGAAGUAUUCAAAAGCCUUAAAAUGUCUCCGUCUUCGCCUGUGCAGUCUUCCACUUCCGUGUCUGCUGUGUCCAUAGAUGAUGAUAAGCUUAGUAAGGAAAUUCAGCAUUAUGAAGCUCUUAAAAAGCGUCUUAAACCUAAAAUAGAGGAACUUAAAAAGCAAAAAAUGUCUGUCCCCGAUGACCUUAAUAAGUCUCAUGAGUCUCUCACUUCCAAGUUGGACGCUCUUCAGAAGCUGAAGAGCCUUAAUGAGUCUUUGAGUUCUCUUAAUAAUCAACAAAGUGAUAACUGUAAAAACCUUUUAACAAAUUUGUGCUCUGGCCUGGAGAAGUUCCUUGGAUACCAAGAAACUUCCAAAGGCUACGACGGCUCCGGCAUCGUGUACUCGGACCUUGACAGGCUCUGCGACGGGGUGAUGGCGUUCUUGCACGGGGUGCUUAAUGAUGUUCAUAAAAAUAAUAACCUUUCGCCUUAUAAAGAGAAAUUAGAUAAAGCUGUAGAAGCUUUAGAUGGUCAACUUAAUAACGGCAAAACAGGUUUGCAUGAUGUGAUUGACCGUGUCAAGGAGGGGAUUGAGAGGUGGUUGGGGGAUGUGAAAUUAAAAAACGAACAUGUUACCGGUCAUCUUCUUCAGAUUGAAAACAAUUACAUUCCUGCAAUUACCACAGACAUUAGGAAUUUAAUUGAUCAUAAUUAUGAUGACAAAAAAGUGGACUUGAAAUCUUGGCUCAAGUCUCUUCCAACGCUAAAAACCUAUUGCAACCUCUCGGUGAGAGCACUUGAAGCCUUAGAUCAAAACCUCAAAAAAGAAUUAUCUCCCCACGUCUCCCUAAUUAAAGACAGAGUGGACACUUUUGUGGACUCCACUAAGCAGGAUCACGAUGGGCUUAAGAAGGUGUGUGAGAGGGUGGAUGAGGAGUUUGGGAAGUUGGAUGAGAUGGUUGAGAAGGGAUUGAAAAAUCCGCAAAAUGGACUGAUAAAGAAAUUCAGAGAUGGUAUUAGUGGAAUUCUUCAGAAAAUCCAAGUGGCGCGAAAUGGCUCUGUGAAGACGUCUAUUGAAAAAGGCAAGCAGAGUCUUAUGAAAGCUAAAAUAGAGUCUAAUAAUGGGUUUACUAAUGAGAAAAACGGUGUGAAACAGAGAAUUAUAACGGCGUUCGAGAAUAUAAAACAAGAACUUGAAAGCGUUCAUGGAAAUUUAACAGAAAAGAAGAGGGAGCUUACGGAUUUGGUGAGACAGGCUGAAGAGCCUUUUAUACAAAUGAAAUAUCUCGGUGGAGAUAAAAUCAGAGAAGGGUUCAUAGAAUAUCACUGGAAGGAGCUUAAAGAGGAGACGUGGCAUCUGGUUAGAAAGGUAAAUGGUGAUGAGAAAAGUGGUCUAUUGCAAAUUUACCAAGGCGUCCAGGGAUACGCCAAGGAUUUUCCCAAUAGAUUUAAACUUGCCAUUGAGACGAUGAUUAAGAAGAUGCUGGAGGAGAAUAAUUCGGCUGUGGAUCAGUAUAUUGGAUGGUACGUUGACGAUACCACAAACGACGGUCUCCUGAGUGGUGGUACGAGAACUGAGAAAAUAAAUAAUGUAAAAAAAGCCAUUAACGAUUGCCUGAAGAUUGUAAUUCCACAACUGGUAGAUGAGUGUUCUAAAGCGCCGCAUAUUCAAGGCAGUAACGUGACUAACAUUGCGUCAAAUUUCAGUAGCUUUGCCAAACAGCUUGAAGAGAAACUAACUGGUAAAAACGUUGAUCCAAUAUUAUCAGCAAUUGAAGGUGCUGUGGUAAAGCAAUCUCAAGGUCCACAAAAAACAAAUAAUCAUGAUCUGACUACCGCCCUCAAAACCAUGUUCACCACAGUAACCAAAGUCGCUGCUGGCACGGCAUCUGAACUUGCUAAACUCAUCAACGAUUCCCACAUGGGGAACGUUCAUGAUGCUCUUGAUAGAUUCCGAUCGUUCAACUCUAAAUACAACGAUCCCAGCAAACCCGCCCAUCGGAUUUCUCACGCACUGAACUCCGUCAAGGGAGAGAUUAACAAGCUGGGAGAACUAUUAGAUACAACAACGGGUACGCUUAAGUCCAAAAUCAGAACACUUAGUGAAGUGAGUGAGAAGCUUAAUAACCUAAAAAAAGAAAGUACCGAAAAAGGCACAAUAGACACUAAGAAAAAUGAAAUUACUCAGCAGUUGACUCUUUUGAGACAGAAUAUAGAUAAUGACUUCCAAGCCGUAAUUGAUAUCCUAAUCCACUCCCAGCUCCAGUUGGACACACUACUCGACCAACUGAAAAAGGCCCUUGAAGAUUUCCAGGACCGAUUCCUCCAAGAAAUUGAAUCCUUCCAUCAGGCCUACAAAAAACAAUCCACCACCGCCGCCACCUCCAUCAAACGCCAAGCCCUCUCCCAGUUCGCCGCGUCCAAGGCCCACGCGCUCCAGAAGCUCAAGGAGCUGGUGGAAGAACAGAAAGAUCUAAUUGAGAAUAAAAUCUAUAUAGACAGUAGAACGGGACUAAAAGGAUUCAUGAAAAUAUUCAACGAGAAACUGGUUGACAAACUUGAGGAAAUUAACAAGAUUGAUUCUACGUCCUCAGCCAAGGAAACAUAUCCACUGAGCAAGGCUGUCGAACAUUUUAAUGCAGGAUUGGGAAACGUCUUCUAUCAGUUUGAAGAACAACGAAAGGAGUUUGAUGCGUGGCCGCCCGAACUUCUUUCUUCUCACACAACGCUACCAGAACCCUCUAAAUACGAAAAGGUGUAUGAAGCACUGAAAGCUGUGCUUCAAGAUCUUCAUUAUUCCAAACACUUCGACCACAAUUUCAGUGACCACUUAAAAUCCCUCAACACAGCACUAUCUACAUUCUCCCCCGCCAAAUUCACUGACUCCUCCAGUCCCAUCCUGCAAGCGCUCAAGGACGGAAUCGGCGCCCUGGCCAAGCAACUCGGCUACGCAUAUGUGAGCACGUACUGUUGUAGAAAGUUUGACGGUGCGUUGCUUGAUCCUCAGGAUCCCACUACGUCAGACGACAAACGCAAAUUGACGGACUACGGCAAGAAGCUGUCUAAGGUUUUCCUCACCUGUCUCCCUGGUUGGGUGACAGACAUGUAUAGUCUGCAGAGGAACUGCAGCGGUGAGUGGAGUAAGAAACAAAUUAAUACGCCCACUAAGGAAAAUAUGGUGGCCCUCUGGUUCCACUCCCGCGGCUUCACAGUGCCGGAAGAUGACAAGAAGCAGAAUGGUCACUUGAAGAGGGGCAUGACGGGUGAACAAAUUAAGACUAAACUGGUUGAGCAUAAACUUGACGCUUCCAAAAUUAAAAUUAAAAUCAAGAAUAGCAACAACCAAAUUACUCUCAUCGACAUCCUCAACUUGUGCCACUACUUCCUUGAGAAGUACAACCGUGUCUCUCACUACUACAUCCCACCAAAGCCAAGAGCGCCGAGUAACAUCUAUAACAUGCUCCAAUGGACUGCCGGCCUCAAGUACAAUCACAUGUACGGUGAAGUCAAGAGCCAGCUUGGCAGUGUGCUUAAGGGCCUACAAAAAGAGCAUAAAUUGGAGAAGACAGAAUUACCAGUCGCCGUGCCAUACGAUAUGCAACGCGUGAUUCAAUCACCUAUAAACUCUGCCCAAUUAACCAACGCACUUGAUAACGUCUGCUACUUCGCCGGAGAAACAUUAGUCGCCGUGCUCGGCCACGGCCAUGCGGACGGUAGUGGUGGUGCGUGCUUAGACAUGUUAGUUGAUGUGUUAUUUAGACUGUAUCAGCAACUGUGGUUCCUGUGUAGGCAGUGCCUCGGUGACAAAAGUCACAGCGGGUGGAAAGACUGCUCGUACGGCAGGUACGUGUCUGGCUCAGGUUGGCAGUGUAACGAUAAGCAAUGCCCUAACCAAGAGUGUAAGCUAAGUGCCAACCAAAAGGUGAACCAAAACCCUGACCAAACACUAAAGCAAACAGCUGACCAACGCUGUGACCAACACCCCGAUUGUGGUAUGAAAUCCCCUUUGCAAUCUUUCUUAGAGGACGGAUUGCAAGGGUUCUUGCCUCAUUCGUUUAGCAGUCCCGGCUGCAAGAUAACGUGUACGGUAUCCAAUCAUAGGGGUCUGCCUUGUAAGACGCCAAUGGGCUUUGCCGAUAUAGGUGUCGUUGCUUCACAUACGAAAACAGGUGAAUAUCUCAAGGAUGCUCUUAACAAUUUUUGCGGUCCGUAUUCUGCCCUCACUAGGCUGUGUAACAUGCUGAACUGCGUACUCCGCCGAGCACCUCAGACGCUUGAUGAUAUUUUCGGUUUCCUCCGUGGCUAUCUGGCAAACUGGAUUGACCAUGGUAGAGAGCAUAAAUGUUUAGCCUUUAGUAAGGCCAUUAAGGAUGCUUAUUUCGGCCAGGAAUAUUCGGACUUGACUCCGACUAUUUUGUUCACCACCCGUGUACAUCAAUCGGGGAACAAGUCAAACCAUUCCGAAGGUGAUCUGUUCACCAUAUCCGAAUGCGAAGAUAGAGCAGUAGAUACAUGUGGUGUCUACGUCGAAUCGCUUUCAUAUAACCUCUAUAGCAUUUUCUCGUCGUACCACAACAAACAAUACCUGUCGUGGAUUUUGUACUCGGCUGAGACCUUGUAUAGUUUGCUGGACAGAUUAUAUAAGCAGUGCUGUAAUAACUGCACGUCUCCGGGAGCCAAAUGUCAUGGCACAAGAUGUGCUGAUAAAUGUCAAGUAAAACAGGCAUAUGAUGCUCAAACAUCUGAUGAUGCAGAUGGAGACCAGAAAAAACUCAACGGCAAAAAUCACACUGAAAAUUGCAGUUCCAUUGUCAGAUGCCAAAACACACUGCCCACGCUAUAUAUGUACGGCUUCAGUUUUGGGAAACCAUUGGGAUUAUGCGGCACAGGUGACGCAUUGGAAGCUAGAAGAACGUGCAAGGAUUUCUGCAGUGCGUUGAAGAAGAUCCUAGAGGAGGAAUCCGCACUUAUUCAACUAAUCAAGCAAAUCGAUGAAUUCAUUUGGAAGAUAAGAGAGAAUUUCUCUUACACCCUCCUCGCCCUCUGGUCGCUCUCGCUCCUCUACCUGCUGCACAUCACCGUCGUUCGCCUCGAUGUCCUGAGGAUACGCUCCCACUUAAAAUCACCUUCAAGCCACAGGAUCGCCGCCCAGUCACUACUCGCCGCCGCACGCGUCAAGGCACUCGCCAACGUCAAGUACUUCUCACCAUAA